UAGGUUAUUAGAGUCGUUAUAACUUUUGGAAGAAGCGGUGACUUGUCUCUCGCCAUCUUGAUCAAAUUGAGAUUUCGUUAGGCGAUCGAAGAUGGCGAGUGAAGGGGCGAAGGAUCCAUGGAAAGGAGAAGAGUGGGGGACGAGUGAGAAUCAGAAUCAGAAUCAGAAUCAGAAUCAGAAGCCGAAGAAGCCAAGUGGUGGUGGUGUAAAAAUGGUGGCGAGAGCGAGAAAACAGAUGCCGAGGGGGCUCGAAGAGAAGUACGAAGCUUACUUCCUGCCGCGAAAGCCAUGGCCAAAGGCUCUUGCCUUCUAUGGAAGCUUCAUCCUUGGUGGGAUCGGUGCUGGUAUGCUUAUAGAAACUUGGAUCAACAAAAAGGUCAAAGAAGAUGGAGGAGUCAUUUGGGAAUUCGACAAGUGAAGAGAAUGCGAUUUAAGUUUCAGAUGUUUCUGGGUUUUCGUUUUAAAUUUGUUGUUGCAGGCAAGCAAACACAGGUUAUCUAUACAAAGACUCUCGCUUGUUUUAGAACUACGCUGUAAUAAGAUUUGCGACCAAACUUGUUUCAAACUGAAACGCAUUUAAGUUGUUCGACGAAA